AUGAUCAACCAAAACGAAAUAUCUAGAAUAAAUUAGUUUCUUUAAUUAUAAAAAACAACAUAUUUGAGUAGCCAAAACUUAAAAUUAUAGAUAAAGUCAAAUAUUAUUAAUAUAAAGACAAGUAACAUUCACCUUCAAAUCAAUUUAAUAUUAUUUUCUAAUAGAAAAACUCAGCCUGCAAUUAAUACCGAAGAUUUCAGAUAAUAAUAUUUUAAAUAAUUUAUACUCUAGCCAAAUGGAGUCAAAGAAAUGAAUAGAUAUUUGCAUAUCUUGAGAAGUUAUAAAUUAAUCUAAUCAAAUUAAUAAACAAGAAUAUAAAAUUCAUAUUAAAGAAUUAAAAUAAUUGCAAAAAGAAGUAGAAUAAAUUAAAUUAAAUCAUAAACCUAAAACUAUAUUAUUAACAAAAGAAAUAUCUCUUAAUAUUAGUUUAAUAAAUAAAUUGACAACCGCAAUGUUAAAUAUGUAUAAAGUUUAUUUUAAAGAGAUUUUGAAUACAUUAAUGAAUGCUAUUCUUCUAGAAGAAUGAAAUAUGCAUGA